UACUAGUUUAUUAAUUAAAAUAAAUAUAGAUUACUGAAAUAUUAAUUAAUAUAUUAAUUAUUAUAAACCUAAAAUAUUGGAACUUCUAAAAUUUAUUAAAUAUCUUAUACAAAUCAAGCAAGAAACCAAGCAAGCAAUCAAGUUUUAGACUACAUGGAAAAUAUAAACGAUAGUGCGGAUGAAAAUAGACCAGGUACUUCGCUCAAUAAAAAGAGAGGCAACAAAAGCGAAGAAAUUAUUUAAAAUAAAUCUUCAAAUCUACCAAACAGAGAAAAGGUUUCAACAUAAAAGGGAUCCAGAAGAGGAAAUUAGCAAUAUUUUGAUUUGAGAGGCUCUUCAAGUUAAUCAUAAUUUAGAACAGUCAAUAUGACUUCAAGCUUUUACAACCAGGCUUAAAGAGACUUAGGUUUUAAUCCACCAGGUAGUAACUAAGAUUUUAGCAAAUCACUGUCAUCAUUUCAUAAAGGGUCUGUUAUUGGAUCAAGGUACUCUAAUAAAGAUUUUAGUAAGAUAAUUCCUAAGAAUAUUAUGUUUGAUAAGGAGGUUUUGUAUGAUGAGCUACUUAAAACUAAAAAUAAUCAAAAUAUUCUUGUUUAAGAGAAUCACUCACUUAAAACCAAGUUAAUAGGAAUGAAAGAGGAAAUAUUUAGGAUUUGUAAAAAGGAAUAAAUCAAUCCAUAUGAAAUAGAAUAAUCUAAGUAUAAAUAAUUAUUUAAAGAGUCUGCUAAUUCAACUCCUAGUUUAAAUAAAUAAUCUUAGGCUACAUUAAUCUUUAACUUGAAGAAAUAAAUAACUGAACUUUAAAAUGAAGCAAAGGCAAAAGAGCAAGACCUUUAAAAAAUACAAAGGUCUGUUAAAUUGACAUCAAUAAAAGAAUUAGAAGUUUAACUUAAAAUGUAUUCUGAAGAAUGUUUGAGAUUGAGAAGAAUGUUAGAAUAGCAAAUUAAAUUAGAUAAAGAUGAAAGGUUAAAGAUAAAUGAUAGUUAAGAAGUAGAUGGAUCUCAAAGAGACCCAAAUAGCAACUACAACUAAGCAUUCUCUUUGCUUAAGCAAGAUAACAUUUAAAUGGCAGCUAAUCUAAAAAGAUAGGAGGAAGAAAUAUUUGCCUAAAGAAUAGUGAUUGAAACUCUAGAAAAGUAGUUAAGAAAUUAAAAGCAUGAAAAUUAGUAGUAAAAAAGAAUACUAGUUGAAAAAGAUAGGGAAAUUGAAAGCUUUAAAGGAAAUGAUCCUUUUGUGAACAAUGGUAAAAAGAAUUCUUAGUUUACUGUCGAAGGGUAGUUAAAAAUAGAAUUAGAUAAAAAGUAACAAGAAAUCAGUUUACUAACUCAUUAAAUUUAGUAAAAGGACAAAAGGAUUAUGGAUGCCGAAAAAAGAUCUAGGGAAAAAGAAGCUGAUUUAUUAGAUAAACUCUCUGCUGAGGUAAAAGAAAAAUAAGAUUUAUAAAAUAUGUUAGAUAAGGAAAGGGAUUUGAUUUAUAAAAUGAGAUAAGACUUAGAGCGUCUUUAGUAAGAUAGAAGAUAUACUAAGGUUGAUAUAAUUAGUUCUUAAGCAACUAUAAAUGAUAUAGAAAAUAAUAAUUCUCCAGGAGAGCUCUCUAGCCGAUAAAUUAAUCAUAGAAGAAGUGUGAGAUAGAAUACAAAUAUUUCUACUCGCUCUUUCUAAACUAAUUUUGAGUAAGGUUCUAUAUAAAAUCUUUCAAGAAAAAGAUUGUAAAAAGUAAAUUCUGAAGAAAUUUAGUAAAUAGGAGAAAAUUUAAAGUACAAACUUAAAUUAUAAAGAAUCACCUUGAACUAACUUGAAAAGUUUUUAUUUAAGGACGAGUAUUAAUAUUAAGAUGUAAGCUUGCAAGAGAUUUACAACGCAUUUUAAGAAUAUCCUUUUAAAAUGAAUGACGAGGGAUAAAUUCUUACUCUUUCUAGAUAUUUGAUAGAAGAUAAUAGCUAAGAUUGGAUAACAUUUGAUCCAAAUUAAAGAAAUAAUAUUUCUGUUGUAAAAAGCGUUUUAAGGCACUUACUUGAAAAUUACACUAUAGUUUCUUAAUAAUAAGAAAUAAGAGACAUGGUUAAAGUAACAUAGUAAUUAAAUAAGCAAAAAGGAGGUUUACUUGAUAUGCUUUAAAGAGACCCAGCAUCAAAAAAAAUUAAUGGUUCUCUUUGUUGCGACAAGAAAUAACUUCUGUAUGCUCUUGACCAACUAGAAAUAUAGCUUAAUUCUUAAGAAUAAGAAUGUUUAUUUAUAAAAUUGUAUGAAGAGAAUCAAAGUCUAGAUUAAAUUAAGAUAGAUUCAAUUUUUAAGAUAUUUAACUAAGAGAGAUAUAAUACAUUAACAGAGAUGAAUGCAAAAGAUUUAUAAGAUUAAUCUGAUUCUAAUUAAGAAUUUUCUAAACAAAAUAGCCAAAAUAACCUACCAAAAUAAGAAUCAAAAGUUACUUUCCCUACAGGAAAAAAGAACUCCAUCAAAAGCGAUGUUUCAAAAAGUCAGCUUUCAAAUAAAAGUAAAGCAUUUAAAAAUGUAGUUGCAAAUGAUUUUAAUGUUUAUAAUAGUAACGUAGAUCAAGAAGCAGUUGCAGCUAAUUAAAAUAAUUAUAUGUUAGAAGAUGAAGAAGAAGUAGAGAGCUAAGGAUAGAUUUCUAAUGAAGAUGACCACUCUUAAUACUAAUAAAAUAACCGUAAUCAAACAAAUAGUAACCAUCAAAAUGUAAAUAACAACAAUAAUAGAAAUAACCACGUUAAUAACUAAAGCAGUUAAAUAAAUUAUUUAAAUAUUGCAUAAGAGCAUGAAUAACUUUUAGCUGAAUAAACAAAUUACACUUAAAAAACAAAUUCAUAAUUCCAGAAUGAUCCAAAUGAUCCUUUCUAAGAUUCUCAGCAUGAAUGA